GCAAAAAAAUAGGGUGUAUAAAUAGGGUGUAUGGCUAUGAGAGGUAUUCAGACACACUGGGCAGACUGCUAGAAUGGCUCUGACAGCGAUUACUCUUCUCUGCUUUGCAGCUUUGCUGCCGUUCCCAGGGCUGGGGGGACAUGAUGACCACUCAGGAGAGCACAUGGGGAUCUUAACAGACAUCCCUGUUAAGGUGACAGUCACUAAUAAAUUCGCUAACACGAAGAUCUCCUACCCCGACACCGUUGUGACAGCGGGAACGCCGAUGUUUGGGGUCUUAAAUAAAUUAAAGGACAACAGCAGCUUCAAUUUCACAUACACUAUUAACAAAAGCUUUGGCAUAUAUCUGGAGAGUGUGAACGGACUGGCUGGAUCUAAUGAAAACCACACAUAUUGGGAGCUUCUGUCAAAGAAAGGAAACAGCAUAAGCCGACUGAAUGUGGGAAUUGGCUGCUACCAACCCAAGAAAAAUGAGAAUUUCAUUAUGAACUUCACCACUUGGGACUAAAAGAACAUUUGGUUUCUGUUAUCACUUUGGAUAUCAAAGAUCACUGAUUCGGAUCAACUAUAUUAAUGCUAUAUCUUCUAUCAAUCAUUAUUUCAUUGCAUCUACAAUAAUAUAAUGCUGGAUCAGAAAUGUUUUUCUGAUCUCUGAUCUAACUAGAUCCACUCAAACAUGCAUUACAUAUUUGUACUACUAAACACAGAUCAGGGAAAACAGCAACAUUACUGAACUUUUUUUAGUCUGUGAUUAAAAUAAAAGUCUCCAAUUGUGUAGACAUUCAGAGUCUAGUGAUGCAGAAAAAAAGCAUUUAUAUUCAGUCUGACAAAGCUCUGUUAAAGUAACAUUAUGCCUAUCAUGUUCAAUAAAAAUGUAUGUUCUCGUUUCUAACUCAUGUGAUAAUAAUGUCUUAAAUUUAUUUAUUUAUAAAAAAAUAAAUAAAAGGAUAUUGAAUACGGA